CUCUCUCUCGCUCUCACGAACUGUCUGAAAUUGUAGUUGGGUAUAUUCUUUUCUGUUCCGUGUGAGCUUUGCUCUUCCUUCCUGUUUGGUUGGUGGGGGAAAGUCGAAGGGAAAUCGAAGAUGACAAACUGGGCAUGUUGUUAUCCUUCCCGCUAGAACUCUUUCAUGCUUAAAUUUUCGAUACUUUGAUCUUCAUCAGUCGUGCAAGCUGAAAUCUCGUCAGUUUCCUCUGUUCAUUGGUGUGAAAAUCCUUGGAAAUGGAGCACUCGCGCCUGCCUUAUUGAUCCCGGGGCUUUGUUCGAGGAAUGGGGUCCAUGCUCUUGAGCCAUCUCGGCCAUAUCUUUGAAGAUGCAGCCGAUACAUGGGUUCUUUGAAUGACUUGCAUUUGAUCUCGAAUGACGUGGCGCUUGCAUUUGGUUCGAUAUUAGGGAAUGCUCGAAUAUUUCCUGGGGUAUUCAUCACCUGUGGGAACUUGAUCGGCACUUUUAGUUCCCAAGCUCAGAUGAGAACUGUCACAAUGUGCUUUUCUAUUCUGCAAUUUUCAAGAAGCGGAGUUCCUAGAUUUGCAGGGUUUUGGCGAGGAGGUUUCCACAGUCUGAGUUCGAGCUCCAGGAACAAUUCUAAUUUCAGAGUAGUUGGUUCCAAAACAUAUGGGCUUGAAGGCGGAUACAGAAGAAGAUGGAUACGUAGGCCAGCUUCCACAAAAGCGGAAGGGAGGAGCAAAACUGCUGAUAGCAAUAAAUCCAGUAAUAUCAGGAAUGAGAUUUUGGAAGAAACGGUUUCUGCAACUGCUGCUGUAAAUGUAAACGUGGCCAGGGUCACUGAGUUGCGCAAGAUUGAAUAUUGUGAUAUUCAACAAAACAUCGCUGAGAACAAAGGCUUGGUGAGCCUUGUAACCAUAGUUGUCUUUGAUAUCGAGACUACUGGGUUCAGCAGAGAGAAUGAUCGGAUCAUUGAAAUUGCACUUCGAGAUCUCAGCGGUGGUGAAAAUAGCACUUUCCAGACAUUGGUGAAUCCUCAAAAGUUUGUCGCAAAUCAUCAUGUCCAUGGCAUUACAUCUCGUAUGGUGAACAGACCCGAUGUUCCCAGGAUGGAAGACCUGAUACCCAUCCUGUUGAAGUAUGUUCGAAGUCGCCAGAAACCUGAGGGGAUAGUUUUGUUUGUUGCCCAUAAUGCUCGCGUUUUCGAUGUGCCUUUUCUGAAAGAGGAGUUCAAUCGGUGUAAUUAUGUGAUUCCAACCGAUUGGCAUUUCAUGGACACGCUUCCUCUCUCUCGGCAAGUGGUGAAAGCUAAAGGACAGAAAGUUUCUUUGCAAGCCCUCCGUGAGUACUACAAGAUUGAAUCGGUUGGUUCAGCUCACAGGGCCAUGGCCGAUGUGAACUUGCUGUCAAUUAUUUUCCAGAGAUUGACUUUCGACUUGAAGAUGUCUGUCUCAAACAUUCUCGAGAUUUCUUUUGCACCCACGGAGUUAAAUACUAAUAAGAAGAAGAAGGAUUCAAGCUAGUCUGCGGCUGACACAGUUCAUCCUCAGGCCAGAUACUGACCCUCCGUUGUUGUCAUUGGUGACUAAUACAAGUCAAGAAAAAGGACAUUACCAGUUAAUCAUUUAUGUAUGAUCCCACCAAGGGCUUUAUUGUUUGUCGUAAUUGUUCAAUCGAUAUUUAUCAAUAGAAACACUGCCAUGGUUAUUUUACGACUCCAUGAGCACCCUUCUGCUUGUAAGUAUUCGACAUUCGAUGGCGAACAUCCAUCAAGAGCAACUCGUUCUUUUUUUCUUGUGUAAGCAAAGACGGGCCAUAUGAAUUGAAAUAAAUCAAGUUGGCAGCAAA